UUUAAAGAAAUGUUUAAUGAAAAGAGAAAAUACUCUUUAAAAUGUUGAUAACUAAAUACAAAUAGAGAUUUAUUCCAAAUCAAAUGUCGCAAGUAUCCCCAGACUCACUGUAAAAUACACGCAGACAAAUACAAGGAAGGACAGACAGCAGGAAAACUUUCAGGUGGGAUGCAAGUGCGAUUUCAGCGCUAGGAUGUGGCGGUGGAAGGGAGUGGCAACAGCAGCGUGUCAGAAAGCAAGCAGGUCAGGUUCUAGAGCCAUCGAGAUCCCAACGGCAGGAAACAAAGGACAAUGAUUUGCGGAAAACCAUAUAGCAGCGAAACGCGCUGAGAGUUUCGCUCAGUAGAAACACUGCAUCAACCCGCGCGAGAACGAUAAGUACCAUGAGGGGCAGCGCUAAAGCGCCCGCAGAGUCCGGAAGAGAAUUGUCGCGGCCGCCUCGGGAGUCAAGUCAAGUCUUACAUGAGCUGAUGUCAGGAAAAUGCGACUCCGCAUACUCAGCAGAGCUCACGGCAGGCAGGAUACUUCCAGGCUCCCGCCACAGGCUCAGGAGAUAUCAGGCGCCACCACCCAGUACUUGGGUGGACAGAGGAUAAAGCUGCUCUUGUGAUGGGUUUAUCCUGGAUUGGCCCCCGCGUAUAAAAUAAAACAAUAACAAUAUUAUAAAAAUCACACUUUUGCACUGCGUCCUGCAGAUAUUCACCAAGGCAGGGCUUCUCAACCAGUGUCCCCUGCCCUUUCCCCAAGAGGUCAUGUGCCAAUGUCUAGAGACUUUUCGCUUGUUAUGAUGGGGAGGAAGGGAGUGUCACUGGCAUUUAGUGGGUGGAGACAUUCUACAAUGCCCAGGAAGGCUCUUACAACUAAGAAUUACCCAGUCCCAGAGGUCUGUAGUGUGGACGUUGAGAAGCUCUGCGCUGGGGGAGGCUACUGCCUUCGUGGCCUGGGGCAGAGCCAUGGCCACUGCUUUUUAUGAGUUCCCCGCUUUCCCAAAUAGCAUUUCUCUUCCCAGGGGUCAAGGCUUCUGGCACAGAGGUCAUCAGUAGGCCCAGAAUGUGCAUCAGAUAGAGAUGGCAUUGUUUAUUUUUCUUUUCAUCUAAAACAAUCAGCCUGUAGCCCAGAUAUCAGAUCCCCUCGCUUGUCACUGCUGUCCCUGGGCUUUUCCGUCAUCAGCGAAUCCAGACCCCGGCCUUCUGGCGGGGUUUGCCCCCCAAAGCCUCGCUCAGCAGCGUGCACAGCCAGCGCCAGGGUGGUGGGAAAAGCAAAACACUGGGGUAAUGCGGCGUUUUGGUAACGUCAUUUAUUUAGUCUGGAUGAGAAAUGCUGCUGUUUAAGAACAAGAAGGCUGCGGAUUCCCAGAAGCUGGAAAUAGGGCCAGAAAAUAUUUGUCCACUGGGGAAGUUAAUCACGUUGGGUUUACUUAUAAGGACAAGGCAAGGGUGGGGCGCUGGAAACCCCCAUGUGGCCGAUUCCCUGCUGCUGGAAACCUUCGGCCUUGGAUUGUCCCCUCCUACAGGAGAACCGGCGCCCGCGGUAGGAAGAGUAUGUCGCAGGGCGGCGGGGUCUGUUUCCGAAGGGACAGUCCCGCCGGCUGGCCUCUCUGCAGGGUGGGGAAGCCGCCUUUCCCAGCUCCUAAUCGCUUCUAGGAACUGCCGGCUCCCGUUGGGGAGGGAGAGGAGAGAAGCCGGCGGCCGCGGUCCGGGGACGUGGGAAGAUGCCGGGCAGGCGGGAAGCCGGAGGAAGAGGCGGGAUUUGAGCUUUUGUCUCCCGUCUUCGCCCCCGAGUUCGGCAGCGGGCUGCCCUCCCGCCAGACGUCCCCGGCCCUGGGAGCGGGCCCGGGAAUCCGCCGGGGCGGGGCGCACGCAGGCCACGCCCUCGCCGGGGGGCUUAAAAGGCGCCGUAGCUCGCCCCGCCUCCGCCGCCGCCGCCGCUCGGAGACUCCUGCCGCGCUCUCCGGCCGGUCCUCCGCGUCUCCGCCGCUGAGCGUGGUCCUGCUUCCGAUCGAGAUGCCCGUCUGGGGAGGUGGCAACAAGUGCGGGGCCUGUGGGAGGACCGUGUACCACGCUGAGGAGGUGCAGUGCGACGGCCGGAGCUUCCACCGCUGCUGCUUCCUGUGCAUGGUUUGCAGGAAGAACUUAGACAGUACGACAGUGGCAAUUCACGACGAGGAGGUCUACUGCAAGUCCUGCUACGGGAAGAAGUACGGGCCAAAAGGCUACGGGUACGGCCAGGGCGCUGGCACGCUCAACAUGGACCGGGGCGAGAGGCUGGGCAUCAAGCCCGAAGGUGAUGUUCAGCCUCACAGGCCUACGACAAAUCCAAACACUUCGAAAUUUGCUCAGAAAUACGGAGGUGCUGAGAAGUGUCCCAGAUGCGGGGACUCUGUGUACGCUGCUGAGAAGAUCAUUGGUGCUGGAAAGCCCUGGCACAAAAACUGUUUCCGAUGUGCUAAGUGUGGCAAGAGUCUUGAAUCAACAACUCUGACCGAGAAAGAAGGUGAAAUCUAUUGUAAAGGGUGCUAUGCGAAGAACUUCGGGCCCAAGGGAUUUGGCUACGGCCAAGGAGCAGGAGCCCUUGUUCAUGCUCAGUAGAGGUGCAGACCCAGAACCAAGACCCCACCGAGGGUCCCUACACAAUCCCGCACAGAUCAUCUAACACGAAACCACUGUGAGAUCCCGCCAGCACUCAAGCACUGUACGUUGCCCUGGGCUUGGAUAGUCCAGCUGACCAGUAGGAAGAGAGCACUAUACCUUUUUGCUUUAUUCAUCAGCAUUUCAAGGACCAUUUCUUUUACAUUUUAAAAUAAAACUUAAGCUUGA